UUGUUUAUCAGCUACGUCAUGUGUGAGCGUCGUCGCGAGCUAACGGCGGGCACCUGCCAAACCGUUGGCUGCGACAACGAAGAGACAGAAGUCGAUAUCUAAUUUUUAUUCUUUUUUUUUUAAUUUAUUUAUUUAUUUUACCAAUAAACAGGCAAAACAAAAUGAGCAAACUACUCCAGCUUCCACUGUGGCCUCGACAACAGACCCGGAGCGUCCAUCUCCACCACGGACUCCGACGACCUGCCAAGCCCCGGUUAGCGGCUCUCCUCCGGCUUCAAGCCAAGCUACCGACGGCCACUGUACAAGUGAGUGCUGCGGGAGGGGUCUCACAAAGCCUCAUCAACCUCACGGCCCUGCUGUUUGACUUCGACAGUCUGCUUUCACAGUUGAGCAUGUCGCCAGACACCAUAAAAACAUCAAGGAUUCAAACCAAAGCUGAAAAACAUCAGUAAGGGAUAUAGGUGAAGCAAUGAAUGCCAUCCCUGUGGCCAAAGAGCUUCAGUCAGAAGUGCACAAACUGUUGAAACUGUUUUUCACGAUCCCAGUCACUACAGCAUCAGCUGAAAGAUUUUUCUCAACACUUCGCCGUAUCAAAACAUACCUGCGUUCAACUACGACACAGAGAAGGCUUAAUGACUUGAUGUACAACACACACCAGGAUGUUCUGGCACAAGUGGACAUGACUGCUGUUACAAAGGAAUACAUCCAGCAAAAUGAGCGACUCACACUGGCCUUCGGGAAGUUCAAGGACCACUAAUGUUGAAAACAAAAGCAGUGUAAAAAGUGAAAAGUCCAUGUUGGGAGGAGGAUGGAGAGGGACAGUCAGGUUAAACAAGCAUAGGACUUUAUUCCAGCAGACCCCUGCUUCUGUGUUAAACCUGAAGUCAAUGCUGGCGUUUCAAGGAGCCGAGCACCGUUGAGGAAUGCGACUCGACGUGGGGGUCGGACUCAGAGAGCGACGAGCCGGCGGCUGAAGAUGACAGCGGCAUCUCCGACUCCGUCAGCCCGGCGGAGAGCGAGCGGGCCGCCGGAGACCCCGGAGACACGUCCCCGCAGCUUACUGAAUCCCCUGAGUCUGUUCCAAAGAUGAAGAGGAGUUUUUACGCUGCCAGGGACCUCUACAAAUACCGUCAUAGCUACCCGAACUUCAGAAAGUCCCGCCAACCCAACGAGUACCGCAACCUGCGCUUCUAUAUGAACAAGAUCCCUCUGGUGCCUGAUGGUAUCUAUAUAGAGGAGAUUCUGACUAAGUGGAGAGGCGACUAUGACAAACUGGAGCACAAUCACACCUACAUUCAGUGGCUGUUCCCAUUAAGAGAACAAGGGCUCAACUUCUACGCACAUGAACUGACUCAGGAUGAGAUCAAAGAAUUCCAAAGCACUCGGGAAGCUAAGCGGAGAUUCCUGGCGGCCUACUCCCUGAUGUUGGACUUCUACGGCAUCAAACUGCUGGAUAAGAGCGGGAAUGUUGCUCGGGCUUCCAACUGGCAGGAGCGCUUCCAGCACCUCAAUGAGUCGCAGCACAACUACCUGCGGAUCACUCGCAUCUUGAAGUCCUUGGGGGAGCUCGGCUACGAGGCCUUCAAGGCCCCACUGGUUCGCCUGUUCCUGGAGGAGUCGCUGUGCCAAAACACCAUUCCCAACAUGCAGCACAGCGUCCUGGAGUACUACGUCUACACCAUCCGCCUGCCAGCCACCCGCAGACGCCUGCUCCGCUACGCUCGCCAGCACUACAGGCCUGCCCACGCCUUCCUCUGGGGCCCGCCACCUAAAAGGCGAGGUGGAGCUGUUGGAGGCGCAGUAGGUGCUGGAAGCAGCGGGAUCAGAGCACCUGCUCCAACGCCAGAGCGACAGAGGAGGGGGGAGGAGAGCCCCACCUCCACCUUGGCAAGUAGCGGGAUUAUUGUGUCUUCCCAUGAUGCCAUGAUGUGCCAGGACCUGGCUGGAGGAGGGCUGAAGGGCUGCGCGGGACUCGGCUCCAGUAUGGCCGGACUGGAGGGAGCGCUGAUGAUGGCGGGAGCUCGAGGAGAGAGGCACCAGUACAACGAGAUGGUUCCUUUGUAGAGAAAACGGGUUUGAUUGUUACCAAGGUUUGCAGACAGACAACAAAACGACUGUUUUUAAAAUUAAGUGGUACAAUUGUAAAGAAAGCAUCUUUGUUUAUCCCCAACACAUUAUUCUUAGCAUAGUUAGGAGGUUCCUGGGCAUUCCCAUAGAACACUGACACUUAGGGUCAAAACAGUAACAGUAGGACACAUUCAUACAAUGUGACAGUCAUUAGAAUCAGUUCAGGUUAAGGGCUUACCAUUAACAAUAUGUUAUUUCUUUGCUGAUCUGUUAUACUGUAUUGAACAGGGGGAUGGACUGGGCUGACUGAUGAGGUGGGAGGUCAUACCCUGAGUCAGGCUAAACAAGCUCGCCUUGGAUCAAAUCCCAAAACCAUCCAAUUCAGUAGAAACCCAAACAUGUGUUGUAAGGCUUUUCGUCAUCAGGGCUGUGAUUAUGAAACAACUCAAACAACAAAAGGUUGCCUUAUUUUUUUAAUCUGGAUCUAUGGCAGAGGCGAAAUGUGGUUACUGAAUCAAAGGGGUCUUGCGAAGGUUUUGGGAAACAGAGUCCUGCUUACUCAUCAAACACUGCACACACUGGAGCUCCACCGAGCAACAAGCUGUAUUCACUUCCAACAGGAUUUCUGUCAAUUUACAAUGUGAAGAAGGAGAUCAGGGAGAAUUUGUUUUUCUAUUUUCAAGAAACCCAAAAGGAUAGGUGAAAAUGGCCGGGGUUGGCUGAUUGGUCAAAGCAAUACUCUGAAACCAUGUUUUUUGAGAUUUGAAUUUGUCACUGCAGGCACAAUGCAAUAUUUAUCUGCUCUGCAAUUGUACUCCACAAGUUAAAGGUAGCUGCUCCCUACGGUAACUGUAUAUAACUGUUGAGCAAAAAAUUGGAUUGGGAUUUGUUAGUGACUUGAUAUCUGUGAGAAACAGUUAAGAAUAGAGGCUUUUUGGUGACAUCACAACUCUCCUGUCACUGGCACUAUAAAGGCCUAUUGGACAAGUGGCAAGGUGCAAAUGAUGGCUAAAUAUAGCGUAUAGCAAUAGGUCAGGAUCCCUGCUGCUUUUCAAGUCAAAUGAAGGUGACCCACCAAACUUUCUCUUUUUUAGCCCUGUGUAUCUGAGUUAAAAUGCUAACAUCUACUGGUAGUCAUAUUUUCUGCUAGAUACAAUUCCUUUAAUGUCCCUGACAACCUCUGUAGUUUCAUUUAGCCCCUUAGCAGCCAAACGUGAACAUUUCUGAAGCUUGUGUUAACCACAGACCAUCAGGCAUCUAACAGAAAACCCAUUCACAAAAUCCACUGACACCGAGACGAGGGAACCACAUUGACAUUUUACAAAAAAUCAUUCAAGUGGAGUUAAUUGGUGGUGAAAAACAUUGCUCAACCAUACUCUUUUUCUGCUGUGAUCGGCAAUCUGGUUGUCACAGAGUGUGUUGUGUCGCCUAAAAGCCCUCUAUUCUUGAUGACUGGAUGUGGAAUGUGACUGAAGUUAUGUGAUCGAACAGGUGACGUGUGGUGUGUUGCACUUUUUUUGACAAUCUGUGUCUUCCUGUUGAGAGCGCUGUAGGUUUCUCCAAAUUGUUGACCGCGACAGAAACCGCAUAUAUAAUGUACAAAUGGUCGGGAACUUAUGACGUCACGAACAUGAUUGUUUUUCUUUUUCUUUGAACAUGAUUGCUCUUCUUUUUCUUACCUUGCAAUAACUUGCCGACAAUAAUUAGUUUUUAACCAAGCUAAACAUUGUGAGUGAUGAUCCUCUUGAUUUUAUCCCUCUGAAUGUGACAGUUAAAACAUUUCAUGGAAGAGCAGCUGCUGAUAUUUCUGUCAGAUAUUCAAUAAUUAGAAACAUUUGUUCAUUUACAUACCUAAAAAUACUCCACAAAAAUAAUAUUUCCCCUAGUACUGUUCUCUAAUGAGGGUGCAGGAGUUAGUUAAUGAGCAUGUAUAAUGCUACAGUAAUUUAACACUGCGCUGACAAACAGACUAAGUAUUUUUUAGGGUCAGCAGCUGCUGGAGAAAGUGAAGCUGCAGAUUUUUAUACUCACCUUGGAGAUGUUGUUAACAUCAUAUCAUGACACUCAUCAUAUCAGACCAUACUUGUGUUUAAUUUUAAUAAGUAUGAUAUAGGUGUGUUUUGUUUUGUCCAUUUGGCCAAAAAAGACUUUGCAGAGGCAAGUUAAGGUGAUUGUGUUUAAUUUGGUAUCUGAGUUCCUGGUUACAACAGACGGACAUGUGUGAAAUAAAAAGCCAUUUGAGGUGUAAGACGGCAGUGAUACAUACGAUCGGGAUGUAAACACUCCUUCCUGACUCGGUCAGCUGCUCUUCCUGUUGGAUGACGCCUUGUUUAUCAUAAACUGACAAGGUUCUCUGAAUUGCUCCCCAGCCAAGUGUAUCUGAUAUAAUUGUAAAAAUAACUUUUUCAGGUGAAUCGUGUGAUAACAUGGGCUCAAGUAUAUGAUUUCUUAGUAUACUGUAUGUGUACAUAUAUACGUGUGAGUGUGUGUGAGCGUGUGUGUGCGUCUAAUAUUCUUAAGUGCCUUUUUUUGUAUUUUUUAUGUUUAUCUGUAUGCUGUAAGGAGUGUCUUACCCAACUGAUUUCUUGUACAUCCUGUUUUUUGUACAGCAUUUUGAUAUUGACAUUAUUGUUUGCAUUACGGUCAUAUACAGUAUGAGUAUUAAUGUACAGUAAACAGCAGGAAUAAAUCCCAUAAGACUUGGUUUAGAGGAGAGGUUGAUGCUAUAUAAUACUUGAAAUUGUUUGUACCUGGCCUGUUGAUUAAAAUGUGAUUGUUCCAUAGAAUAUUGACUAUGCCAGUGUUUCCUCCAGUAUUAGACGGGCCUCAAUAACUGGACAUUUGCCCGAAAAUGUGAAGUUUGCCACACUUGACUCCAAUAAAAAUGGGUAUGUGGAUUAAGA